GGAGACACAGAGACCCCCUCCGUCCCUCCCUCCCUCCGUCUGUUUCCCUUCUUUUCGUCUCCUUGCCUUCGGCCCCCAGCUCCCCUCCCCCCACACCCCUGCCCUCAUGAGCUGGUCCCCAGAGGAGUGCAGGGGGCAGGGGGAGCCGCCCGGUGACAGACAUGCCCUCUGUGCCAGGCUGGUGGAGAAGCCCAGCAGUGAGUCUGCCGCGGACCCGGAGUCCGGCCCGGGACCCAUCGUCACCCGCACGGCCUCGGGACCUGCCCUGGCCUUCUGGCAGGCGCUGCUGGCCGGGGACGUGGGCUCUGUGUCCCACAUCCUCGCCGACCCCAGCACUGGCCUGACCCCAGACUCCGUCUUUGACACGAGCGACCCGGAGCGAUGGAGGGACUUCCGCUUCAACAUCCGCGCUCUGAGACUCUGGUCUCUGACGUACGAAGAGGAGCUGACCACCCCGCUGCACGUGGCAGCCAGCCGGGGCCACACGGAAGUCUUGCGGCUGCUGCUGAGGCGGCGGGCGAGGCCUGACCGUGCCCCCGGGGGCCGUACCGCCCUGCACGAGGCCUGUGCCGCGGGCCACCCUGCCUGUGUCCACGUGCUGCUGGUGGCAGGGGCCGACCCCAACAUCGCGGACCAGGAUGGGAAGCUCCCUUUGCACCUCUGCCGGGGGGCUGGCACCCUCGAGUGUGCAGAGCUGCUCCUGAGGUUUGGGGCGAAAGUGGAUGGUCGAUCCGAGGAGGAAGAGGAGACCCCUUUGCAUGUAGCUGCCCGGCUUGGCCACGCAGAGCUGGCCGACCUGCUUCUGAGACGGGGGGCGUGCCCAGACGCCCGCGACGCCGAAGGCUGGACCCCGCUGUUGGUUGCCUGUGAUACCUGCUGCCUGUCCCCCACCGACGCGGAAGCCGCCACUGCCCGCUGCCUCCGGCUGUGCCACUUGCUCCUCUCGGCCGGCGCCGACGCCGACGCCGCGGACCGGGACAAGCGGCGGCCCCUGCACCUGGCCUGUCGCCACGGCCACGCGGCCGUCGUGGACCUGCUUCUGUCCUACAGCGUCAGCGUCAACGCCAUGGACUACGGGGGGCACACAGCCCUGCACUGCGCUCUGCAGGGCCCCCCCUCGGCCCUGGCCCAGAGCCCAGAGCGCGUCGUGAGGGCUCUGCUCAACCACGGCGCCGUUCGAGUCUGGCCCGGGGCUCUCCCCAAGGUGCUGGAACGCUGGUGCAUGUCCCCGCGGACCAUUGAGGUCCUGAUGAACACCUACAGUGUCGUGCGGCUUCCCGAGGGGGCCAUGGGCCUGGUGCCUCCUGAAACUCUGCAGAAGCACCACCGUUUCUACUCCUCCCUCUUCGCCUUGGUGAAGCAGCCCAGAUCGCUGCAGCACCUGAGCCGCUGUGUGCUCAGAGCCCACCUGGAGGCCCGCCUGCCCCACGCCCUGCCCCGCCUCCCCCUGCCGGCCCGCCUGCUCCGCUACCUGCAGCUGGACUUCGAGGAUGUGCUCUACUAGAGGGGAAGGCGUACAGCUCAGAUGAGGAGAAGCUGGAGGCGCCAGCCAGAGACCCGGCAGGCAGCGAACAGGAGGAAGAGGGGUCCGGCGGUGACAGCGAGGACGACGGCUUCCUGGACAGUUCUGCAG